GAACUACAAGUCAUGAAAUCAACCUUCCUGACCCCAAAAGUUACAUACUGUGCACAUCGAUCAUGCAUUCACAUCCAUCAUUUAUCUUCUAGUCUUUACUUGACACGGUGCCAUUUUCUUUUCCAAAUCACAUUCUGACCAAGCUCGCACUCCCAUAGCUAGCUCCACAACUACAACCCCUAUCUUCUCCUUGGUUUUCUACUUUUCUUAUUCUUCUUCUUCCUCCCCCCUCCGCUUACCAACAACCAUGUCGAUCUCCGGCUACCAAAACCACCGCCACCCUCACAUCCUAGUCUUCCCUUACCCUGCACAAGGCCACAUGCUAGCACUCCUUGACCUAACCAACCAAUUAGCCCUCCGCUCCUUCACCAUAACAAUCAUUGUCACCCCUAAAAACCUCCCUAUUCUCGCACCGCUCCUCUCCACCCACCCCUCCAUCCAAACCCUAGUCCUCCCAUUUCCUUCACACCCUAAAAUACCCCCCGGCGUCGAAAACGUCAGGGACAUCGGCAACCACGGCAACAUCGCCGUCAUCAACGCCCUCGCCAAACUCCACGACCCGAUCAUCCAGUGGUUCAAGUCUCACCCUAACCCCCCUGUGGCUCUCAUCUCAGACUUCUUUCUCGGCCACACUCUCCGCCUCGCCGACCACCUCAAAAUACCUAGAAUAGCUUUCUUCUCGGUUAGAGCCUUAUUGGCCUCUAUUCUCGAGUACUGUUGGAGAAACCUUGAUCUGGUCCACUCCUCGUCGCCCGUUAUUGACUUCCCCUACCUUCCUCGAAAGCCGUCGUUGAAGAAGGAGCACGUACCGUCCAUUGUGUUAGCUCACAGAGGAACCGAUCCCGACUCUGAGCUCUUGAGAGUUUCCAUGCUUGCCAAUACCGACAGCUGGGGCUGUGUUUUUAAUACAUUUCAAGAUUUGGAGGGUGAGUAUUUGGAUUUCUUAAAGAAAAGAAUGGGCCAUAAAAGGGUUUAUAGUGUAGGCCCACUGAGUCUGAUCGACGCCGUAGACGGCGGUUUGGAUCCGGGGAACGUGAACACGGGUUCCGGUGAAGAUGUAAUGGCCUGGCUUGACAGGUGUCCUGAUGGGUCUGUGCUUUAUGUUGGUUUUGGGAGUCAAAAGUUACUAAAUAGUAAACAAAUGGAGGCGUUGGCUAGUGGGCUCGAACUUAGUGGGGUGAGAUUUGUGUGGGCUGUGAAAACAGGCUCGGCCCAAGAGGCGAAAGACGGCUACGGUGUCAUGCCUGAGGGGUUUGAGGAGCGCGUUGUCGGGCGGGGCUGGGUGGUGAAAGGUUGGUCGCCGCAGGUGUUGAUUUUGGGUCACCGGGCCGUGGGCGGAUUCGUGAGCCAUUGCGGGUGGAACUCUGUGCUCGAAGCGAUAGCCGGUGGGGUUUUCAUACUGUGCUGGCCCAUGGAGGCAGACCAGUAUGUGAAUGCCAAGCUGUUGGUGGAGGACAUGGGAGUGGCCAUACAAGUGUGCGAGGGUGCGAGCGGUGUACCUGACCCGGCCCAAUUAGGGAAAGUGAUUGCUGCGUCACUAAGUGGCGACUCGGCCCAAAAAGUGAGAGCAAAGGAUCUAAAGGACAAGGCCUAUGCAGCUGUGAGCGAUGGUGGGAGCUCGUUGCAAGAUUUGGAUGAGCUUGUGAAAGAAUUGAGCCGACUUUGAGUGACACUGUUAUGAUUACCAAUUUUUAAUUAGAAGCAUUGUUCUUAUUAUGUUACAC